AAAGCGGAACACGUGCGCGAUUAGCCGUCGGGGAGAAAAGGAGGGAGGAUAAAAAGUGCAGAAAGUUCAGCUGCGAGGAACGAGCCACCCUAACCUGCAAUGUGCCACGCGACGCUGCAUUGUUUACCGAGGAGACGAGGUCUCGGCGGACGAGAGGCUUCGCGCCGAGGGUUUAUCGCGUUUAGUCUCACUGGCGAUGCGAGUUUUCGAAAAUGGCGAACGCCGAGGUGCUGCAGCUGGACGUGUGGAAGGGCGACUGGGGCCUGCCGUCGGUCGACAUCGAGUGCCUGCAGGUUCUGGCAUAUGCCAGAUUCAGUGGGGUACCUUUAAAAGUCAAUCUAGCGAGCAAUCCGUUUAGAACGCCAAACGGUCGAUUACCUUUGCUUAGGGCUGGUCUGCGUACUUUGGACACGGUCAAAGAUAUAUUGCCCUUUUUUAGAGCGAAAUAUAAUUUUGACUAUACGUUAAACGAUAAGCAGUGCGCGGACGUCAUGGCUUAUGAUGCUCUGCUUAAGGAAAAGUUGUAUCCAGCCUUCCAAUUUAUAUGGUGGAUAGAUAAGAAAAAUCUGGACGAGUUAGUUAGACCAUGGUACUGCAAAGCGCUGUCUUUUCCAUUUAAUUUCUAUUAUCCAGGAAAAUUUGAACGGCAAGCGCACGCCUUGAUGCAAAGUUUAUAUCCCCUGGAAGAUAAUAUAAAUGUUAUUGAAAAUGAGGUAUACUCGGAAGCACAAAAAUGUUUAACGUUGUUAUCUACAAGGCUUGGCGAUAGAGAUUUCUUUUGUGGGCAGCAACCUAGCGCGAUAGACGCCGUUGUAUACUCGUAUCUGGGACCGUUGCUAAAGGCCCCAUUACCAAACCCAGUUUUACAAAAUCAUUUGAAAGCCUGUACAAAUCUAGUGAAGUAUGUGUCGCGCAUAUCACAAAGGUAUUUUGAGAUUGAAUAUCAGACUUACGAGAAGCAUAGAGCCGAGAAGAAUGCCGAAAGAUUAAGAAGAGAUUCCGAAAGUGAAUUUCCCAACAAGAGAAGAAACCAAAUCUUCGCCGCGCUUGUCGCUAUACUGGCAAUGACAGGAUAUGCGUUAUCCACUGGCAUUGUAGAGGUGCUAGUAUAUUUGUUAAGAAGCAGAAAAUUUAUUAAAAUUCCUAAGAAGAAUAGAAAACGUACCAGUAAAGGAUGACGAAAUCAUAGAUAUGCCGAUGGAAUACAUGCUGAAUGAUGAGGAUGACGAAUAGCAGUUAGCAAAAAGAAAAUUAUGUUUUCACGACAAA